CCUUAGAGGGCAAGGCCCCAGGGCCUGGCUUAGGGAAGGUGAAAGGGCGGCUGGGAAUUGUAGUUUAAGCGUCCUCGGGGGCGGCUAGGGACCGACCAUCACAAGGACUCGUUAUCCCAGUGUGCCUUGCGCCUCAGCCCGCGCGCUCGCACCUUCUCGGUCUCGCCCGCCCGCCCGCUCCUUUGCUAGCUCUCGCUCUCCUCGCGGAUCGGAGAGGCUCUGGCCACAGCUUGCGGCUGGGAAGGGAGACAGAGGCGGCGGCUCACGGGGAACGAGGUUGCAGUGGGGGUACUGCUGGUGGGAAGAUGUCGGGCGAGGACGAGCAGCAGGAGCAAACUAUCGCCGAGGACCUGGUCGUGACCAAGUAUAAGAUGGGGGGCGACAUCGCCAACCGAGUACUUCGGUCUUUGGUAGAAGCAUCGAAUUCAGGUGUGUCAGUACUGAGCCUGUGUGAGAAAGGUGAUGCCAUGAUUAUGGAAGAGACAGGGAAAAUUUUCAAGAAAGAGAAGGAAAUGAAAAAAGGUAUUGCCUUUCCCACCAGCAUAUCCGUUAAUAACUGUGUAUGUCACUUCUCCCCUUUGAAGAGUGACCAGGACUAUAUUCUCAAGGAAGGUGACUUGGUAAAAAUUGACCUAGGUGUCCAUGUGGAUGGCUUCAUCGCUAAUGUGGCCCAUACCUUUGUGGUUAACGUGGCUCAGGGGACCCAAGUAACAGGGCGGAAAGCAGAUGUCAUAAAGGCAGCUCACCUUUGUGCUGAAGCUGCUCUACGUCUGGUCAAACCUGGGAACCAGAACACGCAGGUGACAGAAGCGUGGAACAAAGUUGCCCACUCAUUUAAUUGUACACCAAUAGAAGGUAUGCUGUCACACCAGUUGAAACAGCAUGUCAUCGAUGGAGAGAAAACCAUUAUCCAGAAUCCCACAGAUCAGCAGAAGAAGGACCAUGAAAAGGCUGAAUUCGAGGUACAUGAAGUAUAUGCAGUGGAUGUUCUUGUGAGCUCAGGAGAGGGCAAGGCUAAGGAUGCAGGACAGAGAACAACUAUUUACAAACGAGAUCCUUCUAAACAAUAUGGCCUGAAAAUGAAAACUUCACGUGCCUUCUUCAGUGAGGUGGAAAGGCGUUUUGAUGCCAUGCCGUUUACUUUAAGAGCAUUUGAAGAUGAGAAGAAGGCUCGGAUGGGUGUGGUGGAGUGCGCAAAACAUGAAUUGCUGCAACCAUUUAAUGUUCUCUAUGAGAAGGAGGGUGAAUUUGUUGCCCAGUUUAAAUUUACAGUUUUGCUGAUGCCCAAUGGUCCCAUGCGGAUAACCAGCGGUCCUUUCGAGCCUGAGCUUUACAAGUCUGAGUUGGAGGUCCAGGAUGCUGAGCUGAAGGCCCUCCUCCAGAGUUCUGCAAGUCGGAAAACUCAGAAAAAGAAAAAAAAGAAGGCCUCCAAAACUGCAGAGAAUGCCACCAGUGGGGAAACAUUAGAAGAUAAUGAAGCUGGGGACUGAGGUGGGUCCCAUCUCCCCAGUCUGCCGUUCCUGCCUCAUCCCCUACCCACCACACCCCAAGCUCUGUGAAAUGCAGUUUGUCUUCACCCAGGACAGCCAGCAGAGUGGGGUGUCCCUGGCCCCCAGCCCAGUACCCCAACCCAGCCCCCUUCCAACAACAACCAGCUCCAACUGACUCUGGUCUUGGGAGGCCAUGCUUCCCAGCCACCGAAGACUACUUUAAAUAGAAAAAGAAAAAUUGAAUAAUAAAAUCAGGAGUCAAAACUCAUCGUCUUCAAGCCCCUCUUUCUAGCCUUUUUCUACUAUUCUCUGCUUGGGCAAGGUCUCUGACCCUACAACAGAACAGGGAGGAAGCAGAAGUAGCCGCCACCACCAAUAACUCAGCUGAAAAAAAAAAGUUUUAUACCACUCCAAUAUCAGCAUUUUGCCAUCUGUCGGGGCUUGUUCCUCUCCUUCCCAUUCUCCUCAAUCUAGAGAGGAGCUGUUCUUCAGAUUGUUUUUAUUCACGUGCAGAAUUCCUUUUCCCAUCCAGGCUAUCUAGUCAGGUACCUCCCAUUUUUAGGAGCUGAAGCCUGCAUUUACCAAGGGAUUCUCAUCUGUCAAAUGGAUCCUCAUUUGUACAUCUUUCUAGUCAUUUUUGUUCUUCGAGACUUUUUUUUUUAUUAUUCCACAAAGCUGUAAAGAAGUAAUCCAUCUCUACCAUAUCCGUUUCUUUGGAGUCAUUAGGAUCUUCCUUUGCUCCAUCUUUAAAACCUGAGCUGGAAGCUCAACUGUGGUUUUGUUCCCUGUUUGAAAUAUUUUGACUUCCCUCCCUUGAAAGAAAGACCAGGAACAGGAAGAACAGACUGACUGAAAGAGACAACUCCUGGCUUUCUGAAGCUGUGGACUUGGAUUGAAUGAAUUGCUAGGGAUUUGGGGGGAAAGGUGAUGAAUUUCAGUACCUCUGGCAUGCUGUCCCAGGGAACUAGGGCUCCCACUAACUUAAGAGGUUUUUAAACACUGAAAAUAUGGCGUUAAAAUAAAUUUGGAUUUGGUCAUAA